GGGUGCUGGGGUAACACCCGAGAACUUCCCGGGGAGAGGGUGCGCGGGGGAUUUCCACAGUCCUCCUCGCGGCCCCCUCAGUGGGGCGAUGUUGGGAGGGCACUGGGGUGUUCCGAGACCGCAGGUGGGGGUUGGGGGACUCCUCUUCCUCCACUUCCCACUGCCACCUUGCACACCCCAAGGCGGGACUGUUCCCUUGCCCUCCACUCUCCGCCUCCCCCUGGAGUAUGAAAUGGGUGAGUGGCUUUGUGUGGGCCGAGGAUUUCACGGUUUGGGGGCUCCCCCAUUCUAGGUCAUGCCUUCUGCCCUCUUCCUUGGCCUGCGUUGGCUGAGGUGUUCCUGUGGUGGGCGAAAGUCAGUACGUUGGCUAGUGGCCUUGGCCCUUAACCCUUUUUGUCUGUUUUAAGGUAAAUUUCUCGGAGUUUGGGAGGCAUACGUUUCUAUUUAUUGAAUUUCUUUUGGAUUUUCUCUGUAGAAGGAAGUGGAAGAAGAAUCUUUUCUUUUUCCCUUUUCCUCCAUUUGCAUUCUUUGUGAGGUCUGUCUGCCUUGUGGUUUUUGUCCCAGAUUAGUCUUGUUCAAGGAUGGAGAUUCCCAGGAGUGGAGUCUAUAGCUUUUGGCUUCCAUUAAGCAAAUUCUCUAACCUUUUAAAGGGAAAGUUAAUUUUUGCCUGCAGUCAUUCGGAAAAAUAGCAUACACUGACUAGAUGAAUUAUACACUUAAGAUUGUAAUUUAGUUACAUAUGGUAGAUAUGUUAACUAGUGUCUCUUUUUUUUGGAUGAAACUGGUGUUUUUUUAAUUAAGAGAUGAAGUAAUAGAUUAUUUUAAUUAAAAAGCCAUAACUGAGAAAGCCUGUAGUGCUGAAUUUUGGGUGAGAUGUUCUGCUUGAGGUUCUUCCUGUUCCGAGUUGGAAUAGUCCUCACCCUUUUGAGGGAUAUUAUUGUUCCCUUUACCCAUUUCAAAUUGCUUUCGUAUUUAAAUGAAGAUUCUUCUAGUUAACUGUUAGAUUUAAAGAAAUCACUCAAGUGUCACCUUUGGUGAAGUGAACUCAGUUUAAGGUUAAGAAACUAGUUUCAAACUGACCCUUUGGCCUCUGGAGCAAAUUCAAAUGUAACUCUCCCCCCAACCCCUCUUCUCUUCCAGAUUAAUUAAAAGAAGAAUUAACAGUAAUCCUUGAAGAUAACUGGGCAAUUUUUCUUUAGAUUUCAUUUUUAAUUGUAGACGUUCAAGUAGAGUCAGAGGCUCUUCUUGCUGGUGUGAAGAUUUAUACAAGUCUUCAGUUUGUCCACACAGACCAACAGAUCAUCAUUUCUGGAGAAGAUACCCCCCCCCACCUUUGGUGUCCUUGGUGCCAAAAAUUAAAUUUGAGUGCAUUAUUUUGACACAAGUAAUUACAUAGACUUUUUGCGUGUUGUGCUUAAAACCAAACCAAACCAUUGCGUUGAACCUGGACGUCUUGAAUUGAGAGAAUUGGUAACUUUAUUUUAAUACAUAUAUCUGAAGAAUUAAAAAUAAAGGCUUCCUUGGAGGUGUGCCUUUUAAAAUUAUUUUCUUUAUUAUUAAACAUAAAGUAAGAAAUUUUAUAGUACCUGCAGUGAAAUUACACUACAGUAUAAGCAGAACCAAAACAAAGUUGCAAAAUCUAUUGAGUAGGGCAGUCUCUCUGGAAACUUAAAUUUUCUGUGAGAGUAAGUUACCAUAAGUAUUGGUAUACAUUGCUUUUCUCUCUUCAGAUAAGCAACUAAAUAACAAUGCAAAUUUCAGACUUCCUUAUUUAAACCAGUAGUUUUUUAGCAAUGGAAAACCUACAAACAAAUUUUCCCUUGGUUCAGGGCUCAAAUAAAAAACUGAAUGGAAUGGGAGAUGAUGGCAGCCCUCCAGUGAAAAAAAUGAUGACGGACAUUCACGCAAAUGGAAAAAUGAUGAUAAACAAGAUGCCAACAGUAAAGAAGGAACACUUGGAUGACUAUGAAGCGCCAAUGGAAACUGAUGAAGAGCAUGUCAAGCGAACCUGUGCCUCUGUGCCUGAACCUUUACAUUUAAAUCCCAGUUUGAAACACACUUUGGCACAGUUCCAUUUAAGUAGUCAGAGUUCUCUGGGUGGACCAGCUGCAUUUUCUGCUCGAUAUUCCCAAGAAAGCAUGUCACCUACUGUAUUUCUGCCUCUUCCAUCUCCUCAGGUUCUUCCUGGUCCACUGCUCAUCCCUUCUGAUAGCUCCACAGAACUCACCCAGACUGUGUUGGAAGGGGAGUCUAUUUCCUGUUUUCAGGUUGGAGGAGAAAAGAGACUCUGUUUGCCCCAAGUCUUAAAUUCUGUUCUCCGAGAAUUUUCACUCCAGCAAAUAAAUACAGUGUGUGACGAAUUGUACAUCUAUUGUUCAAGGUGUACAUCAGACCAGCUUCAUAUCUUAAAGGUCCUGGGAAUACUUCCAUUCAAUGCCCCAUCCUGUGGGCUGAUCACAUUAACUGAUGCACAAAGACUAUGUAAUGCUUUAUUGCGGCCACGCACUUUCCCUCAAAACGGUAGUAUACUUCCUGCUAAAAACUCAUUGGCCCAGUUAAAGGAAACUGGCAGUGCCUUUGAAGUGGAACAUGAAUGCUUGGGCAAAUGUCAGGGUUUGUUUGCACCCCAGUUUUAUGUUCAGCCUGAUUCUCCAUGUAUUCAGUGUCUGGAGUGCUGUGGAAUGUUUGCACCCCAGACAUUUGUGAUGCAUUCUCACAGAUCACCCGACAAAAGGACUUGCCACUGGGGCUUUGAAUCAGCCAAAUGGCAUUGCUAUCUUCAUGUGAACCAAAAAUACUUAGGGACACCUGAAGAAAAGAAACUGAAGAUAAUUUUAGAAGAAAUGAAGGAGAAGUUUAGCAUGAGAAAUGGGAAGAGAACUCAGUCCAAGAUAGAUACACCAGCAGGAAUGGAAUUACACUCUUGGUAUCCUGUUAUAAAGCAGGAAGGUGACCAUGUUUCUCAGACACAUUCAUUUUUACACCCCAGCUACUACUUAUACAUGUGUGAUAAAGUGGUUGCCCCAAAUGUGUCGCUUACUUCUGCUGCAUCCCAGACUAAAGAGGUCACAAAGACAGAGGCAAGCAGAUCCAUACCAAGACAGUCAGAGAAGCCACACAGUAGUGGGAAACAUCAAAGAACAGUGUCGUAUCCAGAUGUCUCACUGGAGGAACAGGAGAAAAUGGAUUUAAAAACAAAUAGAGAAUCAUAUAGUCACUUAGAUCCAUCAGUUUCAAGUAAUUCUACAAGUAAAAAGAAACCUGAGUCUACCACCUGCAACUCAACCAGGGACACAAGCAAGGUGGGAGCUGACCAUGAUGCUGUAGCUUCAUCUCCAGUUCUUGUCAAAGAUGUCAUUUGUGAGGAUGAUAAGGGAAAAAUCAUGGAGGAAGUAAUGAAAACUUACGUAAAACAACAGGAAAAACUGAACUCAAUUCUACAGAAGAAGCAACAACUUCAGAUGGAAGUUGAAAUGUUGAGUAGUUCAAAAGCUAUGAAGGAGCUCACUGAAGAACAGCAGAAUUUACAGAAAGAGCUUGAAUCUUUGCAGAAUGAACAUGCUCAUAAAAUGGAAGAAUUUUAUGUUGAACAGAAGGACUUAGAGAAAAAAUUGGAGCAGCUGGCAGAACUGAGACAGAGAUUGGACCAUGCAGAGGCUGAUAGGCAAGAACUCCAGGAUGAACUCAGACAGGAACGGGAGGCAAGACAGAAAUUAGAGAUGAUGAUAAAAGAAUUAAAGCUGCAAAUUUUGAAAUCAUCAAAGACUGUUAAAGAAUAGAAAUCUUUAAAGAGAUUCAUCUGUGUAUUCCCAACAGGGUUUAUUUUUGUUUGUUUGUUUGCUUGGUCAUUGAAUUCUGAACAAUUUAUCUGCAUGAAAUAACUAGGCAUUCUAUCCAUUUGUAGGUCAGAGAAAGUGAAGAGAUUAUAUAUUGGUACAUCAAUUUUUACAUUUUCCAAAUGAAUGAAAGUGUACGUUUCUUUGUACUUUUUUUCAACUAGCUUAGUAACAGUACUAUAUGAUUUCAACUAUAAUAUUAUCUGCCUAUAUUCCUAAUGCAAAUUUAGCAGUUGCAUACUUUUUAAAAGCUGCAUUGUGUGGUGGAAAAUAGUUGUGGUCAGUUUUAUUAUCCAUAUUUCAGACUCAGUUUUAGAUACAAUGGCGGCUUCAUAUUUCAUCUAUAGAGCCACUCAAGGAGUUGAAUCUCCAUGUUUUUUAUUAAUACAGUCUCCUGUCUAAGUUGAUGUAGUAUACUCAUUAUUAUAAUCAAAAUUUGCUUUUGUUAAUGUUGUGGAAUGAAUUUCCACUGAUUCUCUUCUAUUUAAUGUCUCCUGAGAGACAUUUUGUCCAUAGAGGGUUAUAGCACACCCCAUGGGGAAGGAUUAUAUGCUUUCUUACACACUGCUGCUAAACACAAGAAGCAGUUAUAAUUAGCUUUUUUUGUUUAAAUGGGGUUAUAUUUAGAAAAAAAAUUUUUAUGCAGCAACAUCAGAAGAGGGAAUAAAAUGUAAUAAUUUUUGAGCUUCUGUUUAUGUUGUUAAUAGUGGUGUGAGAAUAUUAAUGUACUUGAGAAAAACUGAUAACAUUGAUGUGUAUCAGUUUCUAUACAAUCCAUAAUCCUCCUGUACAGUUUUUAUAUGUAGUUAUGGGUCUUACUACAAUUUAUAUAAUGGAUUUGUUUUCCUUAAUGGAUUUGUUUUCCUUUAAAUUGUAAAAUAUUAAACACCUUGAAGAUUAUUUUGGACUUUUGUAUGUUUAAAUGUCAAGUCUUAACCAAAAUUUGCACGAAUGGACCAUUUUCAGUUACUAUUUAAUAUCAAAAUGAGGAAUUUACAGUCAGCUGGUAGUGUAUGAUAGGUUGAUAUAGGGAAGUUUAGUUAUUGCUACUAAAAGAUUUUUAGAUAAUUUUUAGAAGAUAAAGGAAUUCCAUAGUUUGGGGGAGGGGCAACUUCUGCACUUUUUUUUUUUUUUUUUUGCACAGAAAGCCUGUCAUUCUUUUAAUAGCAAAUUUCAUAUUACUUAAAUCUUGGCUUAACAGAUACUAGGUAAAAUUCUUAGUAUGUAUUUUUUAAAAGAUGUUUCCAGAAUCUGCCAUUAAUUGACAUUAUUAUCCUAUGAAUUUCAUGUUUAUAUUCUCAUGUAAGGUAUUGUAUGAAAUAACUUGAGACCUAAAUUUGUUUUUAAAAUAAUUCAGCUAGGAUUAAGAUUAUUUACUAUUCCCACCAUAGGUGAUGGAUACUCUAAUGAUACAGAACUUCAAAAAUAAAGAUCUUAUCAUUUAACCAGUUAUUUUCAUAUUUUGCUUAAUGGUACUUAAUAUAUCCUAAAAGAAUUUUUAUACUUCUAGAAGUAUAGUUUCUUCACUUGAGUGUGGUCUAAAUGUUUAUUUUCUAUUUUCCAUUCAAAUUUUACUAUAUUAACCCUGCAGUUUACUUUGCUGAUUAUUGGAACCUACUCAAGGAGGAACACAUGUCUAAAAUGACAUACAGGAACAAAUACUAAAAGUGACUUGCCCUCCUAAUGCCUCUUAUUUAUCUUUUUCUGGAGAAAGAAAAAUCACAAAGACAUUUUAUGACAUAGUUUCAUUUUAGUUGUAAAUUAGCUGUGUCAUAGCUCAGCUUUUUGGGAGACAAAACUCAAGGCCCUGUAAUUUCAUUUAUUUUUCUGAUUCACUCAAAAUCUACUUAUGUUACUUAGUUUAAAUAAUUAGCUUACCUAUGUUUUAACUCAAAACUUGCUAAAAUAAAUUGCCUAAUCUUUGAAAAUAUGUUAUUUGAGAAUUCUAAGCAGUGCUUAAUCACUUUUAAAUUUCAUAAACUCUUAGUUUAAAAUUGAGUAAAGAACUGCUUUUUCUAAUCCUUCACAUAAGGGAAACUUGCCACAUGAAAUUGUAUAGUCUUUAUUUUCCAGAAGCUACAUUGAUGUGCCAUAGGUUUCUGUCUAACUUCUUUGAAAAUAGUUUUUUUAGUCAAUUGUAAAUAUUAUGCCUAUUCUAGUUAAAAGUCAUUUUAAGUUAAACUUGUACCACAUAGCUUGAAACUAUUGAGAUUUUGUAAUACUUUACAAGUGGCCUCUGCUUAAAAUACCCGUAUAAACUUACUCUUAUUCUUGGCAUGCUCAUUUUGUGUGUUGGUUGCUAGCCUGAAGUUUGUUUUGGUGUUAGUUGUUUUGGUGUUAGUUUUUGUGUGCCAAUUCAUCAGGAAAGCAGAUUUUCCCUCAGACUUUAUAAUGUUAUUCUUUGUAGGAAAAAUACAAAAAUACUUACUUUAAAAACCUGUGUUAAAGGAAUGGCCUAUCAAGAGUGCUAGAGCAUCUUUAAAAAGAAGAAAAGAUAGAAUAUUAGUUUACUGGGUGAUAAGUGAUGUUUAAUUUGGGUGACGACAGUUUCUAUACUCUAAACUUCAUGAGAAGAAGGUACCAAAUCUAUAGAAACAUAAAACCUGCUGUCAUUGAGAAAGCUCUAAACCACCCUGAUAUCACAAAUACAACUUAGGACACUAUCAAAGGAUUUGACCAACAAUGUAAUUUUGGCUUGUGCUUUAGUUUUGUAAAGCAUAUUCUUUUGCUUUUGAAUUUCUGUGUCCAGAAGAGUUGGGAUGUUUUAUGCUUCUUGAACUAAUUUUAUAACAAAUUUAAUACAUUACCAAUUGAGAUAUAAAAUCAUUUGUACAUAUUGAAUUAAAAAUCAGUUACUAAAUAAUAGACUGAGUACAAUGAUACUUGCAGGUUAUCCAUAUAUUUUAGAAGUCAUGACAGAAUAGCCAAUUUAUUUGCACAUCUAUGGCUUCUGUUUGAAGGAAAGUAAAAUGAUAAGGCAACUCGAGUAACAGAAAACAUGCUUUAUUUCCCUGAAAGUAAUAGGAAAGCUGGUGCUGAAGGUUUUUGAUCAGUUUCUAAAAUUUUCUUGUCCAUGACUUAUGUUUUGAUUGCUUAGGGAAGAAUCCUCGUUUUUAUUUGCUCUUAUACAUUUAAUCUGCGUGACAGGACAUUAAAAAUUAAUAUAAUGGAAAGUUGUGCUCAUACUGUACAUCUAUUUCUGUGCUUGAAACUACUUAUUAGUUUUUAUUGAAACUGUCAGCAAUAAGGGACACAUUACUGCUGUAUUAUAAAUUGUGGGAUUGAAUAAUUUAAACAGCUUAAAUUUAUUUCUAUUAUUGGAAGAAAUUCAUAUGGGUAGUCUAUAUUGCAUCUUGUUUAAAAGGACAGUUUUUUUUUCUUUUGUAAAAUCUUCCCAUUUUCAAUGGUUUCUAAAUUACAUAAUGCAAUUUGGAGCUUGUUUCUUUAGUGAUAGACUUACAUGUCUUAUAUAGUGCUACUGUUUUUGAAUUAAAGUGAACAAAUGUAAAAAUUGAAAUUUAAAAAUUAAGCCCAGAAAACAAAAUAGUGUAUUAAGUUGGUUGAAUGUAAAGAAAUUUAUAAAGUUUUUUCUUCAAUAUAGAUACCUCACUUGAAAAUAAAGCACAGCAUACUUAAAGUAGUUCUAGUGAAAAAAAAUCCUACUAAAAGAAUUGCUAAAUCUUGAACAACUUUUGGGGAAUUAUAGUUUGGAAGAAAUAAAAUAUAUUUGCUUUUAACCAUCCUAUUAGAAGUAUUUAUUUAUCCUGAUAAUUCUAAGCCAACACAGUAGUCUUAAAUUAUUUCUGAAGUUCUAAUCUGUGAACGCGGUAAAUGAAAGAUCUGUUGUGCAACUAUUGACACAAAUUGUUGACUACAUUGACCAUAAUUCAAUUUAAAAUUUUGCCAAUGAUGUACAGUUUUAUGGUUAAAAUUGCUGUGGUUGGUUGCAUUACAUGACACACAAAACUGUCCUCUACCUCACGUGAAAUAAAUAUUUUAUAUGGUUUUACUAUAAAACAAGACUCAUCUAUCUGGUCAGUUAGUUUACAAAUUUUGAAUUAUAUUUAUUGAAACAUGACAUACUGUGCUCUUAGCUUAUACCUCAAUUGUAUUUUGUGCUGUUUUCCAUUUUCAUGCCUUGUAAAUAACUUGUAUAGAUUGUGGAUUAAAUUCCAAAUAAAAACUUUUAAUGCCAAUGGAAUUGAUUCAAGCCA